GUUCGCUCCGUUAUCGCCAAGUCGUGUCUGAACCGCGAGGGGUGAUGUAGUGCAUCAAGCCCUCCUCGGUCUCGGUUGCCUAAGACAAGUGACGUUUGGACUUGUGCUUCUUAUUGUGGAAUUUAAUUUAAUUAGUGAUAUUUUUGUCUGAUUAUUUCAAUUAUCCUUUAUAGCCGUGUGAUGUGUGACCAAUUUCGAACUAAAAUAAUUUUCAUUAAGAAAAUAAAAUAGUAUCUACCUACAUAAUUAUUUCUUCUUGAAUAUUUGUUAGAAAGAAGAAUUUUCUGAGUUAGUAGUAAGCCCCGUCAAAAUGAAUAGGGGCGUCCGCGUCGAGCCGACGCCGCCAGAAUGCGCGCUGGCGGCUGAAAUGUUCGACCACUUCUGCUCAGCGGGCACCAUGAAGCAAAUUCUCGCGCUACACCGGGAGAUCUGCAACACGCUCAACCUCAAACCCAACAGACUGCCAGAUUUCUACCCGAAACUUAAGGCUAAACUAUCGAGUUCAUGGAAAGCGCAAGCAUUAUUUAAAAAAUUCGAUGCUCGAGCCAACCACAAAGUGUACGCGAAGGGCAGAGCAUGUGCAGCCGGCAAGGUGCUCAUCAUCGGUGCCGGACCAUGCGGCCUUCGAGCAGCUAUAGAAUGUCAGCUCCUUGGUGCCAAAGUCGUCGUGAUCGAGAAACGCGACAGAAUGUCUCGAAACAACGUGCUGCAUCUAUGGCCGUUCGUGAUACAAGAUUUGAGGGCGCUCGGCGCAAAGAAAUUUUUCGGAAAAUUCUGCGCUGGCUCUAUAGACCAUAUCAGUAUCAGGCAGCUACAGUGUAUACUUAUGAAGGUGGCGUUGUUACUAGGAGUAGAGUUACACGAAGGAGUCAGUUUUGAAGAAUUAUUAGAACCCAGGGUCGAGAAUUCCGAAACACUGGGUUGGAGAGCGCGCGUCCUGCCGUCAGACCAUGUUGUAUCUCAGUACGAGUUCGACGUGCUCCUGGGCGCUGACGGCAAGAGGAACACGCUGCAAGGGUUCAAACGAAAGGAGUUUAGAGGGAAGCUGGCUAUGGCCAUCACCGCCAACUUCAUUAAUAGGCAUACAGAGCAGGAAGCAUCGGUACCAGAAAUAAGCGGAGUAGCGUUCAUAUUCAACCAGAAGUUCUUCAAGGAGUUGUAUGAAGUGACAGGCAUAGAUCUGGAGAACAUAGUGUACUACAAGGACGACACACAUUACUUUGUCAUGACAGCUAAGAAACACAGCUUACUAGACAAGGGGGUUCUACUAAACGACUAUAAUGAAGUAUCACGUCUAUUAAGCGUAGAGAACGUGGACCGCGCGGCUUUGAUGCGUUACGCGCAAGAAGCCGCGCGGUUCUCCACGGACGGCCGCCUGCCACUGCGGGACUUCGCUCUCAACCACUACGGGGAGCCCGAUGUAGCGCUCUUCGACUUUACCUCUAUGUAUGCCGCUGAAAACGCCAGCAUGGUAUACGAGCGUCACGGUCGGCGCUUGCUAUGUCAGCUGGUUGGAGACAGUUUGCUCGAGCCGUUCUGGCCAACUGGCUCGGGUUGUGCUCGAGGGUUCCUGUCGGCGCUAGACGCUGCCUGGGCCGUCAGAGCGUGGGGCCAGAGUCCAGCACCACACCCACUCGAAGUUAUAGCCGAGAGAGAGUCUAUUUACAGACUUCUAGCUCAAACGACCCCGGAGAAUUUGCAUCGUGACUUUGGCGCGUACACACUAGACCCGGGUACCCGCUAUCCGAACUUGAACCGGGCUGCAGUGACGCCACACCGCGUCACUUCUUUCUACGACUCUGACGAACCGCUUCCAUUAGACGCCGCUCCAAGCGCUAGGAAGAGACGGAGAGAGGCAGAAGUAUCAGAAGAGGCGCUCGUGUCGUGGGUGGCGUGGACGGAACCAGGUAUCAGAGCGGCGUCGAGUCCCGCGGCGCUCACUGAGCUACUGCGCCGCUACCGACCAGACUUGCUACCCUCGUCCACUGUACCGAGAGCUGUAUAUCAUAUUCUGCAGCAGGAGUUCGGUAUAGCGCCUUUCUCAUCCGGCGGUUCGUUACGCGACGUGCCCGAUGCGAAGCUACGUUCGUACCUGACCCGCGUGUACUACGCCUUCAAAGGAGAAGUACCACACGUGCACCACGAGACCGAUGUGUUUGAUCAGAUCAAACAAAGCAUGCAGAAAGAGAAACACGUUCGCAACAUAGAACAUCCUGUAUCUGUAUACACAAACGCGGCCGACGCCGACAAAUCUCACUCGAGCUACAGAAAGAAACGGCGCUCGGUGCGUCCCCAACAAGUAAGUAACGAUCCCGCCGAGUACAUUCGCAAAAAGAUCGGCAAAUUAGACCUUAACGACAUCACACAGCUCGCACGCCUCAUCGAGGGCCACGAUGCCGUCACCGACACCGACACACAGACAGACAAACAGAAAGAUUUACAGGAACAAAUACUAGCACUCCUCGACCCCGACGAGUCACCCGAUCCGAAGGUGCUCAGGCAGUCUCUAGCGCAGCUUCUGCAGGGCUCCACCAAGGUCAGGGUUCAGGAACCGACACAAUUAGCGCAUUUCUUUCAAGAAGAAGGUGCUAAACCCGUGAAGCCUCCGCGGAGGCUGAAGGGUCUCGACAUCAACAGCAUGCGAAUACCAGAUUUGUCAAUGUUCGACGAUUCCCCCGACACCGACGCCACAGUCGUCAAAGUGGAAACUAAGAAGACUUUCAGUAGGUCGCUGUCGAUGGAAAGCGCCAAAAAACUACAAUAUCCGUCUUCUUCUUCUCUUGAUGGUGGAAAGAAGUUUACCAGGUCUUCUGAAAGCCCACUACCACAGAAAGGUAGGAGAUUGUCAGAUGUUGUAAAUACUAGUAGAAUCAGGCAUUCGCAGAGUCCUGAAGUGAAGGUGCCUUACAAGAGAUCCAACUCGAUAGGAUCAUCUGAAAUAGCGAAUACUAAGCGAAUCGCUCAGUUGUUCGAGGGCCACAAGCGACGACACACACCAAGCCCGGAGUCCCGAUCUGUGCGUUCCGGUUCAACUACAAACCCUGAGAUGGCACUACGCUUACAACGUAUGACAGAAAUCAUCGAGGGCAAGCGGCGAGACACUCCAAGUCCCGACAGACGGGACAAGAAAGAAUCUAUCGGCACCCCAGAGAUGGCAGUGCGGCGCCAGAGGGUGGUGGACCUCAUCAAGCAGGGACAAGGAUUAGGCCAGGAACAUAAACAACGGCAGCCUCCAGAUAUACCACAACGCCGAAACAGCGACGAGAUGACAUUUAGGAUGCAGAGGGCUUCAGAUAUGAUGCAGAAACGUAGUGCCGAGUCGAAGAGACCUAAAACGGGUCGACGCAAGGCCGCGCGGGAGAUCAUGAAACAGCGUUUUGAGAAGAGUCUGCAGAUGUUGGCUGCAGAGCGUCGUCUGGACUUUGUUCCGUCUGCCGACCUGGAGAACGACUACGGGUUGCAGCAGUACCGCGCCAGCGCGCCGGACUUCGACGAGAGAGUCAAGAAGCUGGAGAAGAAGCUGCAGCACUAUGAGGAAGGCCGUAUCGUCGGCGGCGGAGGAAGGACGGCCGGGGGCGGCGCACGAGUCGCUCGCCUGGCUGCAGAGCUCAGUGGAACCUCAACAAACACUGCUGCACCACGCCCCUCAUCCAAACCUAAAGACUUGAUGCGCUCUGUCGGCAAAAUAGAGAGGGACGACUGGAACAUGAAGGAAAUUGAACGGAAGAUCAUGGAGAAUAGGCUCGGCAGGCCCGAGCCCAAGACCGCUGAGCGGGUGCCCAAGUGGGACCGAGAACAGUUUCUGGGUCGGCAGCGCAAGUUGAAAGAGGGUGAGGGUAACGAAGAGAAAUGGGUGGAAAUCGACGAAACGUUACACAAGCUCGACCAGAAGCUCAAGGACUCUGGGAGACCUGACCAGGGUACUAAGAAGGUUGCGAAUUUGGCGACGAAGUUUGUCAAGAAACAACCUGAAGCCGAAAUGUCGAAGACUCCGCCAAAAGAAACAUCGAAAGAGGACGCAAAGAAGAGUUGGCGCGGUCCUGCGUUCACGGGCAUGCAGUGCGCCGCGUGUGGUACUCGCGUGUUCGCGGCAGAGGGAGUCACUGCCGACGGCCUACAUCUGCACCGCGCCUGCUUCCGAUGUGCCGUCUGCAAGACUGUGCUCAGACCUGGUAACUACACAAUGGAGCGCUAUGGUAGCCGGCUGGUCUGUCUCCGGCACUCCGGCGUGAGUGUCCCUGACGCCGUGGCCGCAGUGACUGCCCUGGCCAACGCUCGCAGUCACCCUCCACCCCCCACUCCUGAGAGGAUCAGUCUGGAACUCUCUGAUAGUGGCGCCAGGGAAAUAGAUGAGGACGAAUGGACAGACAGGAACUUCUUGGCGUCGGAAACCUCGUGUGCUGGAGGACUUAGUGACGAGGAGGAGUCGAGUUCUGAAGAGUACACGGACGCGGGAGACAGCGACAAUGGAGUGGCUGCGUCACCCGAGCCACAGGUCGCUGCGCCGCGACCUGCGCACUCCGAGCUUUACUUCUCUGAUGAUUCCUUCGGUUACGAUGACUACUCGGAUGACGGAGCGGAAUCAUCAGGCAACGAGUCGUGUUCCCGCAUGCGGGCGGCGCGCGAGGCUCGCCGGCGCGAGGUCCCGGCGGACGCGCGCCCGCCGACGGACAGCAGCGAGGUGGAAUCCGAGGAGGAGAGCGAGUCCAGUGACGAGGAAGUGUCCUCAGCCACGGAGGUUUCGACGGACAGCGAGUUCGCGCGGGAGGAGGUGGCACCCGCACCCUCCCCGCCCGCCAUCUUGGUGACGGAGGCCACGCCCCCCGCGCCCCCACCCCCGCACGAGUACCCGCUCAGCCGCACGCGCUCCGCCGGUGGACUCGCCACCAAGCGCGCUCUAGAACUCAAGCGACGGUACCUGCUCGGGGAGCCGUCGCCCCCUGCCGUCAGGAAGUCGGACUCCACCUCACAAAUAGACACCAAGUUCGAAGCCUUUAGAUCUACCAUCACAGAGUUCCAGAAAAUGUUACACCCCGCACCCGCACCCACACAGCAGCCACAACCACAGAAACCAGUAGUCACCUUCCAGCUGUCCACCGACGAUAAGAAAUCGCAUCCGAUGCCUGACAUCAUUAAGAACCUUGUCGCCGAUGCACCAGUCGAUCUGCUCACCAAAGUAGACGCACCGCUCAUCAAAGAAUGGAGGACAGAGUCUAAGAAUGAGAAGGAUCCGGAUUUGGACUCAGACUCGUUGUCCGAAGAUGACUCGUCACACACGGAGACUGCGCCCAAUCAGUCGGUGCCUCGACUCGAGGUGCACGACGAAGGCGGAGAGCUGAUACAGUUGGACAGCCUCAUGUUAAUCAAUAACAGCACGGAGGACGAGAAGGCGUCUGGCACAGCCACCGCGACUGGCACUACCAUCGUCGCGGCGGCUGAGUCGGAGUCUUCAGAGUCCGGUCGCGACGCCACCACGCUGGCACUCACCGAGACAGAGCUCUCCGACUGGGCGGCUGAGAGCGCCGUGCUAGACGACUGUGGCUUCGACGACAAGGAGGAGAGAAAACGAAGCAAGAACCCCAGAACUCUAAGCGGUCCUAAACUGGUACAUGACGCGAAAAACAUCGCUGCGGUCGCGUCUCACGUAUGUGGGAGGAGUAGCCCUGUCGAGGCAGUCGUCUAUUCUAACGCAUUAGAACAUUUCGAGUUUGCCGACGAAGGGGAUCAAGACCCCUCAUUGGAGACUCCCAUCACUCCGAGGAACGAAGGGUAUAUGGAACUGGUAGACAACGACUACGAUACCUACUCGCCGGGAAACGAUCGCUCUAUGAAUUUUAUCGAGAGGAGUUUUUCUGAAACCGUUUUUAAGCCAGCCAGCCAAGAAAACAGCUACAGACAGAACUUAUGUCCUAUUGAUUUGGAUGACAUAGAAGAUAUCGAUGCAGACACGGAGCCUUUAGACUUGAAGUCGCCGCAACUGUUGAAGUCGGUCGAGAAUGAUGUCAGUGAGAAAUCCAACAGCGACAGUUUACAAAAGAGUGAGAGUGUACAUAAAACUGACAGCUUGCAGAAAACUGACAGUUUACUGAAAACGGACAGUUUGCUGAAAACUGAUAGCUUACUGAAGACUGACACAAUGAGCAUGCAGAGAAGUGACAGUAUUUUCAAGAGUGAGAGUGUACAAGUAGAUAAUAGUUCAGAACCGAAGAUAGAAAAUAAAAUAGAAACAUUAAGUUUAUCAGAAAUAUCGCCGCCAUUAGAAAAGGAUAAACUUGUCGAGACGGAGCAGUCCGAGGUGUCUCCGCCACUAGUACCUGAUACUCCCAAGGCUAAGCUCCCGAUGAGCAUUCCGUUCUCGGGACCGUCCACCAUCCGGCUGUAUUCGCCUGCCAUCUGCCGGUCGGCCAGCGAGACGUUCAACAGGUCGACGUCGAGGAGCACGGACUCACCGACACGGAGCUUUGAGCUGUCUGUGUCGAUCAAUCUUAGCUCAGGCUCACUAUCGCCAGUGAGUCCCGUGCCGGCUCGCGACACUACGGACAAGGUACAGGAGAUUAAGAGGGAACGCGAGGAGCAGACAGAGGUUGUGAGGAGAUUGGUGCUGGAGAGGUUGGGGAGCGUGCCUAAAGCGAGCCGCAAGUCGGUGAAACGGUCGCGGGCGUCGCCGGCCUCGGUGCCGCCUCCCGUCCCGCCUCCGCCGAUACUGCCCGCUCCGCCCACGCCACCUCCACCCCGCCCCGCGCCUCCCCUCAUGCCUCUGCCCGUGACGUCUUCCUUCUCAGAUCCUGAGCUAGCUCGCGAGAGACGAAGCAAGAGCAUCAUGAAAAGUAUUUCCAAUUACCUGAACCGGAGGCUGGGACCUCGACACAAGUCGUACUCGGACCCGGAUCUCCAGUGGCACGAGCCGCAGUUACUGUCGAACGCUCACAAGUCGACGGGGGCAUUGCAAGAAGCUCCCCCUGUUCCUCCACCACCCGCCAGCUACUGUCCACCAGUGGAACACAGGCCCACACAUAGAGUAACAGCAGGGCCGAGUAGCAGCGCGGCUGAUGUCGACGAGAGAGAUGCCAUGCAGCUCUGGUUCGAGGCUCGGUGGGCUCGCCUUGUGGCACAGCGGCGUGCCAGAGAGGAACCGCGUGAUGAACCUGCUGCUCGACGCCUGGCGAGGCUCGAACGACGAUUAACACGACCUCUGUCUGCGGAGCAGCAGGCGGCGACGGUGGCGGAACUAGUGCAGGUCUCCGCUCAGAGAGACGCGCACCAAGCUCUAAUGGCGGCCGAUAGGAGGCGAAGUGCAGGCGGCAGUGUUGGCGACUAGACCGCUUUCAACAAUGCAUCAUUCGCAUCAAUUGCUUGUGAUCACAAACACACACUAAACAUGAAAUUAACAUUUUACAAACAUAAACACAAAUCAAUGAAAUAUUACAUAAUAUUUGUUAAUUUCUGGUUUAUUGUAUUCAUUAUAAAAUAUUUAUUAUUCGAUCAUUAAGAAUCAUGGAAUAAAAGUACCUACAUUAGUUUAUAGAACUUAGGAAUAUAUUUUAAUCUAUCGACGUUAUUAUAUCAGUUCUCUUAUUUUCGUUAUGACUGGACAUUGCUGAAGUAUUAGGAACAAAAUAAUUAUGAGUUUUAUUAUAUAGGUAUGCUAAAAUCAAUCUUAUUACAUGCAUUAUUAAGGUGGUUUAGUGGUGCUCAAUACAAAUAUUCUAUCUCGUUUGGUUUUUUAGAAGACGAAGGCCAGUAACACACUCGUUACUGGUCUGGUGUUGCGAGUGUCUAUGGGCGGCGCUGAUUGCUUAUCAUUGGGUAAUCCGUCGUUUGAAUACCGACCUAUCUUACAAUAACUGACAUAAAUUUCCCGUUUAUCACUUGACAGCAUUAGUUCUACUAAAAAUGUUAUAAAGAAUUUAUUUAAUUUUAUGACUAAGUUGGACCAUAGUGCGACCUAAUGUUGAAUAUAAUAGUUUGAAAUGAACAAAAAUCAUAUUUGCACAAAUUUAUGAAGCUCUCAGUUGAUUAUGAUAAUAUUGUAAUUCAUGACUGUAAUUUUUACUUAUAGUCAAUCAGAACAAGCAAAUUUUUUAAUAUAUAGAAUUAAAGGACAAAAUAAAUAGAAUUGACUUAUAUUCAUUUAAAGUUGUAUAUUUGCAUAUUUAAAGUACGUCAGUGCAUACAACUAUUCCAAAAAAACCAUACGUGGCAGACAUUUUUUAUAUUUAAUUUCAAAGACGAAUAGAAGAAUCAAUGAUAGUCAUUAUUUCACGCCUGUGUCGGUACCACAACACUGUAGCUUAAGUUUAACCAAUGAAAUCGUUGUACAGCUAUAUGUCGGUUAAAUUUAAACCGUACAGUAAUACAAAAUCAUGUAAUAUAUAACGUUUAUCGUUCUUUAACCUUUUCUCUAGCUUAGGAGAAAAUAUUUUAAAGAAAAUCAAUCGUGACGCUCCUUUCUACAACUAGUAUCGACAAUUGUACACUGACUAGCAGAUAAACAUACUCCUUUGUGACAUUAAAUUUACAACUUAUUUGAUUUGAUAUAAAGCCGAAAAUCUACUAAGAGAUUGGACCAGCUUGAUGUGCCCGUAUUCUGAGCUUUUUUUUCGAACAAAAAGGUCCAAGCCGAGCGUCAACUGCAGAAGGUCACAAAUCAUAUACUCCUUUCUAUUUAUUUUACAUUAACACUUUUAUACAUUAGUUAAAUUACUUGGAAUUAAGUUUUUUUUAUUAGUAAAAUGAAUAUAGAUAGAGUAUGUAUGUAAAAUGCCCUGUGUGGGUGCAAACAGUGUGCUAGAUACGCCAAAUGGGUUAGGUACAUGAAAAUAUUUUUUUAUUGUAAACCUAGACAGCUAAGGACUCGUAGAUAUAGUAUGGACAUUUACAAACGCUCUUUAAGAUAAAGCUGGAAUGAACUACAUGUCUCGCUCACACAGUUGCCUUUUGCACGUGUAUGAUAAGGACAGCUUGACGUGUUGUAGCUUCCAAAUCAAUGUAAGAUAUUGUUAAACAUCACAUUUUCUUGAAGAUAUUGCUAAAUGAGCGUUUUAAAUGUAGUGUUUAUAUAAAUAGCGGUUUAUUGACUAUUAUUGUCUCGCUUGCUCUCACGUGUACUGAAACUUAUGAAGUACCGUAAUCUCUGUUUUCUGCUGGCAACCAUUUUCAGCCCGUCAGGUCUAUUAUAAGGUGUGAAUUAGUUAUGAUCAAUCAGAGAUCAAGAUAUAUUGGUUAUGAACUUUUACGCGAAAAUGAUCUUUGUUAGUAAACACUUCUUUGCAUGCAACUAGUAACAAAUAAAUAUUGGCAUUAAAGCCGUUUUUCCGUCACACGUACCGUCUCAGUCUGCGAUGUUCGCGUCGGCGCAAUAAGCUUUUAAACAAAAUUAUGUAAUGUCGGUUCAAAUGUAUAAAUAUUUAACAUAUUCUAUAUCUAUAGUGUAAGCGUUGCUGCUAAGUAUAUUAUAUAUUAAAUUGUCAUAUUUAUCAUAUAAGUUUUAUACAAAGUUCACAGAGAAUAUUUAUUAAAAAUUUAGAUUACGUCUUUACAGUCUUAUGUAGUAAUCCGUCGAAGUGUUAUAGUUUGCUGCAUAGUGUAAUGAAUCGAGAUAUUACUGUAUACAGAUUAUAACUAUUGUAUAAUUAAAUUGGUUUACUGCAUUUGACCGGUGAACGCUUUAAUAAAGUAGUGGUAGUACAAUCACGUUUGCAUUGCCAGUUCUAUUUAAUGAUAGUAGAAAAAUAGAUAUUAUACAACAGUCUGCAUUAAUACUAGCUAUGGCAUUUAAGCGUCUGUCGUCCGAGAGAAUAGAAAACACAAAAACCGGACCCUUUUCUGGACACACUGGAUCUCAAUAUUUGUAUUAAGAUUUCUUACACUAAGUCUAUGGUGUUAUGUUCUGUCAAAAAAGUAGCUGGAUCGACGCAUAUCCGCUCGAGACAAUAUACUUUCUAUUGUGACCUAUAUACUGGCAUCCAAGUGAUUCAGAUCAAUUAUUACCAACAAUGCUCAAGUAUGCUCGGGAUUGAAUACUAAAAUCUAUGUUCUCUCAGUGAACUAGACAGACUAGCUUUUUAUUGCCCUUUAGUUCAUAGUCUGACAAAAAGCAGAUCAAGACACAAUGUAGUUUUAAUUAUGUCUCGUAUAGACAGUCAGAGGUAACUAGGGUGUGAACACAAGCAAUAACAAUUCUAAAUAUGUAAUAUAAGAUACACAAUAUUUAUUAUAAAAAAUACAAGUUAUUUACAAAUAAUUAUUUACUAUACAUAUUUGUAAAUAGUACGCGUGUUUAUGAUUAUACUAAUAUUAUGAUAAAUAUGACAAUUGCUUGGUUUUAGGUGGGCUUCAGUUGUUAUUGUUCAUAAAGGUGUACUUUUACCGUGGGAAUGCGAAUAACCUUUAAAAAAGUUUCUUAAACUAUACUCAUAUUAAAUUAAUAGAAAGAUCAAUGUAUGAGGAUCAAAUUUUAUUAAUAAUCAAUUUCAUGAGACAUAAUUAUGUUUUGUCUUACUUACGUAUCUGUGUUUGACGAGGAAUUCGAACUCAAGCCAUUCUAGGGGAUCAUACCUCUAUUCAUGAGCAGCAUUCCACGAUUCAUUCAUCAAUAUACAUGAUAUGAAACAAAGUUAAUCGCAACACCAUACAUUGCUUUUGCUAUUAUUUUUAGGAUGAAACAAGAAAUUAAUGAAAUCUGGGCCUUUAGCCAAACGCCACUAUAGCGCUUGUCUACAGAGAGAGUAGAAAACUAAAUGUAUGGGGAUGACACUAACAAGUGUCAAAAUUUACGUCAAUUCCAUAUAAUUUGUUUUUCUAUUCUACAUGUAGACAAGCGCUAAAUGGCAUUUGGCUACAGCUACAGCAACCAUAAGUUAAUAUUCUAAGCAAAUGGUUCAUGUAUAAAUGGUGUUACUGUUCACUACGGUCUGGGUACACAUAACAUAUUGUAGCCAUGUUGGAACAGAACCAACGAGUUUGCAGUCUGUUCCCUUGUGUGAAGAAAUAAGUUGAGAAUUACUGUAUAAAAUUGUGGCGUAAAUUGAAAUUCACUUUUUAUAAAUGAAGUGCCAAAGAACAAUUCUUUGUUUGAUCCGUAUAGCGUGAUUUCGGGUAUGUGUGUAGAUAUUAAAGCACCAAAGGCACGACAUAAAUUCUAGUGCUGAAGAAUAAAGAAGGUUAAAAAACAAAUCCAAUUAUAUAUUUGAAUACGACAGUUACACACUACAAUCAAAUCAUGAUCGACCUCCUUUUAUUAUAUAAUUAUUUCUCCACACAAGUUAGUUUAACCUAAACAAAUAAACUUAGUAUAAGUAGUAGCGAAUUUUCAACUUCAUAUAUAUUAUAUAAUGAUAUGUAUAUUUUUAUAUAACUAAUGUGUUUAUGAUGAGCUUUCGAACAGUGGCGCUUCACUGUCAAAUGCCACUUUAGGUGCAUCACAACAAACGUAAUUACUAUUCUUAUAAAUAUUGUUAUAGAGUUGAUAAUUGAAUGUACGACCGCAAAGGUUCCAUUCGCUAUGUAUCAUAAAUAGAUUGAACAUAUUUUUUUACCUACUAGUUAAUGAUAGUCUUCCUAAAUUAUGUACAUUUUCUUUUUUGUAUUUUCGGCCUUCUAUUUUUACAUUGAAUAUAUAGAUGCCAACACAUUAAGAUAAUAACAAUUUCUUUAAUAGAUUAUCAACUUUAUGGUGUUCUAUAAUAACGUUAAUAAUUAGUAAUCCAAACUAGUACCAACCGAAUUUGGUAUCUAAGGCGAGAAUUUCUGUAACACAUUUUCAAACUAAACCUUUAGCAAUAAAGUUGAUAAUCUUUUAAUGAAAUUUCUAACUUCGAGUAUUAUAACAGCUUGUUUUAUCUUGGUGUUGGUAUGUCAGUUAAUUCGUUCCUCGUUAAUAGCGGCCUUAUAUUAUGAAUUACAAAAAUAACAUUCAUACUAUCAUUGUUCAGUCGCGUGAUUAGUUCUGAAUUCUCUGGAAAGGUAAAUAAAUGGUUAGUAAU